AUGGAGUUUUUAAAAAUUGUCGAUAAAUUUUCUGGUACGUUGUCAUUAGCCGAUGUUCGAUCGUUAAGCGAUGAUUUUUUAAUUGAUCGUCUCCAUUAUUGUUAUACAUCAUCGUUACUUGGUGUAUUUGCAUUUAUAUCUGCUGUAAAAACAUCAUAUACGGUACCAAUUGUCUGUUGGAUUCCAGCACAGUUGCGACGAUAUGAAAAAGCAAUUAUGGCCUAUUGCUAUGCAAAUAAUACUUAUUAUGUUCCAGAUGGACACAAUGUUCCGAUGACAGCUGAUGAACGUUACCAAGCACUAAUAUUCUAUUAUCAAUGGCUAGUACGUAUAUUCUGA